CUCACUCAACCACAGAAAUUUCUGGGGCUCGAUUGCCGUCGUAAAUCCGGGACCACUUAUGUUCGGGCUGCCUUUUUGGUGGGUAAACCUGGUGGAUUAACGUUCCCCCAACACCCGGGGAUGAUGGGUGUUGUUUUCCACCUUUAGCGAUAGGAGAACCUACAGCUGGGCCCAACUCUCAUCCCGACGCUUCUUAGCUACCUCAAACUGACGACGAUUCAUUUAGCGACCGUCCGAGUGAGUUGUCUGGGAUUAGAGGCCCCUUGACAGUCAAGCUAGCUCUCGAGACAGGACGUUGCUCAUUUUUCCUUUUCUAAAAAACCAUUUUUCGCUUCUCCGCAGGCGAUAUCCCGAGAAAUUGAAGCAGCUGCAGGUUCUCUACAUCCGUACGGUCCUUCCUUUCCCCGAGAUGGAAGAAUUUAUUCAAGAGACGUCUCGGAGGUACAACCUUCACAUCUGUGUGGUCCAUGGGAAUAUCAAAGAAGCUUUGGGGAUCCUGAAGGGACAGCAGCCGGAUCUCGAAGCCGUGCUGAUGGGCACCCGCCGGACGGACCCUUAUUCCCGCUCCCUGAAAUCCUUCUGUAUGACGGACCCCGAAUGGCCACAGUACAUGCGUGUCUGCCCUCUGUUGGACUGGACUUACCACGAUAUAUGGCGUUUCCUUCGCAGUCUUUAUAUCCCUUAUUGCAUUCUCUACGACAAGGGUUACACCUCGCUGGGAAGCAUGAGUAACACCCACAAAAACCAAGCGUUGCGUUACCGAAACGCACAAGGCCAAGAAUCCUACCGGCCGGCUUACGAGUUGGAAGACGAGAAAGAAGAACGCAUCUGUCGCCAUUGAAACCCCGGAUCGCGUCUGUAGCCAGCAAUGCUGGUUUUAAGCAAGGCCUGGGGGGGGAAAGAAGUGAACUUUUCAAAGAAAGUUUUAUCGGCGUCGUAAAACGGAACGCGUGGGUGAGGGGCCGUCCUUGGAUUGGUCUAGUCCUGUUGGCAUCUUUCGAACUGCGGAUCGUAUACCGCAAACAGAGCGUGUUUCUGAUAUUUUCCAUUUUCUGUGUGUUGGAAUAAAAAAUUGGGUGUUUUUUCCCCCCCAAUUCUCA